AGGCCAGGGCCGAGCCGCUCCGGCUUCUUUGUCUGCGGGCGGCCGCCCGGGCCGCGGCCCCCUGGCAUGGGCCGGGGGAUGAGUGUCUAGUCGGUGGCCGCUGGGCAGCCGGGGAGCGGGAGGCUGGGCUUCGGGCUCCGGAUGCACUAGGUGUGGGCUGGAGCCCGCCCCACCCUGCGGUGACCAUGGAUGCUGGAGCUGGAUCUGACUCAUCUCUGACUGUCAACGAGCAGGUCAUCGUGAUGUCAGGCCACGAGACCAUCCGCGUGUUGGAAGUUGGAGUGGAUGCCCAGCUCCAGGCUGAGGAGGAGAGCAAAGGACUGGAGAGUGUGGCAGCUGAUGGCUCCCAGAGUGGGGGCCCUGCUGAAGCCAGGGGCCCUGCUGGGGAAGCCGGGUCAUGUGACCCAGACCAUUCUGCAGAAGCAACAGUGAAGUCACUGCCCGGAAUCCCUCCGAGUCCUGCCCCAGCCAUCGCCACCCUCAGCCAAGCCCCAAGCCAGCCUCAGGCAUCACAGACCCUGACACCGCUGGCCGUUCAAGCUGCCCCCCAGGUCUUGACUCAGGAAAGCUUAGCCACAGUUCUGACAGGAGUUAUGGUGCCAGCAGGGGCUGUUACUCAACCUCUUCUUAUCCCCAUCGGUAUUACAGGUCAAGUGGCUGGGCAGCAGGGGCUGGCCGUGUGGACCAUCCCUACAGCAACUGUGGCUGCCCUCCCAGGACUGACUGCGGCCUCUCCCCCGGGGGGAGCUUUCAAGCCACCUUUAGCUGGUCUCCAAGCAGCUGCCGUGCUGAACACCGCCCUCCCGACACCUGUACAAGCUGCCCCACCAGUCCAGGCCUCCUCGCCCGCCCAGCCCCGGCCACCAGCUCAGCCCCAGACGCUGUUCCAGACCCAGCCGCUGCUACAGACCACGCCGGCCAUACUCCCACAGCCUACUGCUGCCACCGUUGCCGCCCCCACCCCCAAGCCAGUGGAUGCUGCCCCACAGAUCACCGUCCAGCCUGCAGGCUUCGCUUUUAGCCCAGGGAUCAUCAGUGCCGCGUCCCUUGGGGGACAGACGCAGAUCCUGGGCUCCCUCACUACUGCUCCAGUUAUUACCAACACCAUUCCCAGCAUGCCCGGGAUCAGCAGUCCGAUCCUCACCAAUGCUCAGGGACAGGUUAUUGGAGCACUUCCGUGGGUAGUGAACUCAGCCAGUGUGGCCACACCAGCACCAGCACAGAGCCUGCAGGUCCAAGCCGUGACUCCCCAGCUCUUGUUGAAUGCCCAGGGCCAGGUGAUCGCAACACUAGCCAGCAGCCCCCUGCCUCAACCUGUGGCUGUCCGGAAGCCAAGCACACCGGAGUCCCCUGCAAAGAGUGAGGUGCAGCCCAUCCAGCCGACACAAGCCGUGCCCCCACCUGCUGUAAUCCUCACCAGCCCAGCUCCAGCACUCAAGCCAUCAGCCUCAGCUCCCAUCCCAAUCACCUGCUCAGAGACCCCUACAGUCAGUCAGUUGGUAUCAAAACCGCACACUCCGAGUCUGGAUGAGGACGGGAUCAACUUAGAAGAGAUCCGGGAGUUUGCCAAGAAUUUUAAGAUCCGGAGGCUCUCCCUGGGUCUGACACAGACCCAGGUGGGCCAGGCUCUGACCGCAACAGAGGGGCCAGCCUACAGCCAAUCAGCCAUCUGCAGGUUCGAGAAGUUAGACAUCACACCCAAGAGUGCCCAGAAGCUGAAGCCGGUUUUGGAAAAGUGGUUGAACGAGGCGGAGCUCCGGAACCAGGAAGGCCAGCAGAAUCUGAUGGAGUUUGUGGGCGGCGAGCCCUCCAAGAAACGCAAGCGGCGUACUUCCUUCACACCACAGGCCAUAGAGGCUCUCAAUGCCUACUUUGAGAAAAACCCCCUGCCCACCGGCCAGGAGAUCACCGAGAUCGCUAAGGAGCUCAACUAUGACCGCGAGGUGGUGAGGGUCUGGUUCUGUAAUCGACGCCAGACACUCAAGAACACCAGCAAGCUGAAUGUCUUUCAGAUCCCCUAGGGCUCGAGGUCAGCGUGUUCCUUGUGCUCAUCCCUCAGCAGCCAGCUGAAGUCACCGAGUGGCAGCACUGUGGGCAGCUGUGCUCGCCCUCGGUCAUGAGACUCCACCUGUGCAUGUGUGUCAAUGCCUGCCUCUUCUGCCCACCUAUGUCACACCCUGGGGAGGCCCGAGGGGCUGCAUGAGAGCCCUAGGCUCUGGGCUGGGCACGUGGAAGGAGGGGGUUGGUGGGGUCCUUAGAAAAGCACUUUGCCGAGGUGGUUUCUGAAGGGUGAAUUCUGGUUGAGAACCAGGAAGGCUCUGUCUUUGGGGCAGGGCCGUAGCAACUCUUGGGGACAACUGUGUAGUGGCUCUUGGUUUUGGUGACGUCCUCUCCCCCUUCCCCUCACUCCCCUGUGGCUGUGCCGGUGUGACAACACACCGGGUGGAACUGCAGCCUCACACUGCCUCCCUUCCUCUGUAUAUGGGCACACUGAACCCCCUGAAAGGACUGAGGAAUCCAGAGAAUCGUGGUGUGCUGCUCAGACCCACUGUCUGCCUUGAUCUCGAGGGAUGAAGGUUCCCAAAGUGAAGCCGGGGGGUCGGAAACCCUAGGUUAGGAGCUGUGAGGCCUCUCCCUGGGUCCCACUGGUGGUGAUAUUAUGCUAAGUCGAGUCGAACCAAGUUGGAAGGGAGCUAGAGUGAACUCUCCAGCCCUGGAGAGUGUUAGGUCUGCGGCAGGUCUGGAAUUUAUAAAGUAAAUAAGGCCACCCACCCAGAUCUUCA